AUGUCUUCUCAGCCCUCGCCUCCAGCGCCCUCUGGGGACGUUGCCCCUCCUGGUGCGGUGCAGCAGCCCUCAGAGACCGUCAGCAGGAUAACAGAUGACAACGGCGCACCAAGCACAGCAAAAGAAAAAGCAGAGAGUUCCGAUAUCACGUGUGCCAGUUCCGAGAAAGAUAUCGACCGUGACAGAAAAGAUAUCGAUCAAGAAAGCGAGCUGAAGAUCACUGCACUCGCGCGGAAUUUAUCCCGUCUCUCACAGAAAAGCGGCGCUGUUGACGGCACAAACACCUUCCUCGACUCCUCCAGCGACCCCGAGCUUGAUCCUAAUUCUGGCCAAUUUAAUGCUCGCAAAUGGACAAAGAACUUCCUCUCCGUUGCCAAUCGCGACCCAGACCGUUACCCCCGCCGCACUGCGGGAGUCUCAUUUCGCAAUCUAAGUGCCUUUGGCUAUGGGACUGCCGCCGAUUACCAGAUGGAUGUUGCCAAUAUGUGGCUCAAGGGGUUUGGAUGGAUUCGUCGGAAGCUUGGUUUCGUAGAUAGGGUCCGCAUUGACAUCUUGCGCGACUUUGAAGGCUUUGUUCGGAGUGGUGAGAUGCUGGUGGUCCUUGGGCGACCCGGAAGUGGGUGUUCUACGUUUCUCAAAACGAUCGCCGGAGAAACUCACGGCCUCUGGCUCGACGACGGGACGGAUAUACAAUAUCAAGGAAUUUCGUGGGACGAGAUGCACAGUCGAUUCCGCGGGGAGGUGAUCUACCAGGCUGAAACCGAGAUUCACUUUCCCAAUCUCACCGCUGGCGAGACCCUGCUCUUUGCCGCACAGGCUCGUACCCCGGCUAACCGUUUUCCUGGUGUAACCCGAGACCAGUAUGCUCACCACAUGCGCGACGUUACCAUGGCGAUGCUGGGACUGAGUCAUACGAUGAAUACGUUGAUUGGGAACGAAUUCAUACGAGGCGUAUCUGGAGGAGAAAGGAAACGAGUCAGUAUUGCAGAAACGAUCCUUUGUGGCUGCCCAUUACAGUGCUGGGAUAAUUCGACCAGAGGUCUUGACAGCUCAACCGCUCUUGAAUUUGUUCGAAACCUACGUCUUUCCACGGAAUAUACUGGCUCCACAGCUAUUGUAGCCAUUUACCAGGCGAGUCAGGCAAUUUACGAUGUGUUCGAUAAAGCAAUUGUCCUGUACGAAGGCCGGCAGAUAUACUUUGGGAGUGCUUCUGAUGCUAGACGAUUUUUCGUCGAGAUGGGUUUCGAAUGCCCUGACAGGCAGACCACUGGCGACUUUCUGACAUCCCUGACUAGUCCCACCGAGCGCCUUGUGCGAAAGGGUUUCGAGAAUCUCGUUCCCCGGACACCAGAUGAGUUUGCGGAACGAUGGAAGCAAAGCGCGGAGCGCAAGAGGUUGCUUGAGGAAAUUGAAGCUUUUCAGAACGAACAUCCCCUUGGCGGCAGCAAGUACGAGGAAUUCACUCGUUCUCGAGCAGCAGAAAAGGCCAAGGGCACCCGUGCUGCUUCACCUUACACACUCUCCUACCCAAUGCAGAUCCGUCUGUGCUUGUCGAGAGGCUUUCUUCGUCUAAAGGGUGAUAUGAGUAUGACCCUUGCUACCACUAUCGGCAACAGUAUCAUGGCGUUGAUCAUCUCAAGUAUCUUUUACAACAUGAAUGGCACGACCGAGAAAUUCUUCUCGCGUGGGGCCUUGCUAUUCUUCGCUAUUUUGCUCAACGCAUUCUCCAGUGCAUUGGAAAUAUUGACUCUCUGGCAGCAGCGGCCAAUCGUGGAAAAACACUACAAGUAUGCGCUGUAUCAUCCGUCCGCAGAAGCGAUCAGCUCAAUGAUUGUCGACUUGCCAGCUAAGGUACUCGUGUCGAUCGUUUUCAACAUUAUACUUUACUUCAUGACGAAUCUUCGACGCACAGCAGGCCAUUUCUUCGUCUUCUACCUAUUUUCAUUCACCACGACACUGACAAUGUCCAACAUUUUUCGCUGGAUUGGUGCAAUUUCUCGGUCUAUGGCACAAGCAAUGGUUCCCUCAUCGAUAUUCAUGUUGAUCCUCGUUAUUUAUACCGGGUUCACAAUACCUGUGCGCAAUAUGCAUCCCUGGUUCAGAUGGCUCAACUACCUCAACCCCAUUGGUUAUGCUUUUGAGUCCCUUAUGGUCAAUGAGUUUAGCGGCCGGAGAUUUGAUUGUGCAAUGUAUGUUCCGGACGGGCCGGGAUAUGCUGACGUUCCUCUGUCAUCGAAGAUUUGUUCUGGGCGUGGAGCUGUAGCUGGACAAGACUACAUCGACGGUGACACAUACUUGAAUACUUCAUUCCAGUAUUACAGGUCCCAUUUGUGGAGAAACUAUGGAGUUCUCCUGGCCUUCAUGUUCUUCUUCUUGGCAGCCUAUAUCAUCUGCAGUGAGUUGGUCCGGGCCAAGCCUUCGAAGGGAGAGAUUCUUGUCUUCCCAAGGGGCAAGAUUCCGGCUUUCGCCAAGGAAGUUCGACGUGACGAAGAGGAUGCAAAAACAGUGGAGAAGCCUCAGCUGGUUGGUGAGAAGAGUGACGAUCAUGUCGGAGCAAUCUCGAAACAAACUGCGAUCUUCCACUGGCAGGAUGUGUGCUACGACAUCAAGAUUAAAGGUGAAAAUCGGCGUAUCCUUGAUCAUAUUGAUGGUUGGGUGAAGCCGGGGACUCUGACAGCCUUGAUGGGAGUCACUGGAGCUGGUAAGACCUCUUUAUUGGAUGUUCUAGCGGAUCGCGUGACGAUGGGUGUGAUUACCGGAGAGAUGCUGGUGGACGGACGCUUACGGGAUGACUCGUUCCAGCGCAAGACGGGCUACGUCCAGCAACAAGACCUGCAUCUGGAGACCAGCACUGUCCGUGAGGCGCUAAUCUUCAGCGCGAUGCUCCGUCAGCCAGCCAGCAUUCCACGAAAGGAAAAACUGGCUUAUGUGGAAGAAGUCAUCAAGAUGCUAGGCAUGGAAGAGUAUGCAGAGGCUGUGGUUGGUAUCCUAGGGGAAGGCUUGAACGUAGAGCAAAGGAAGCGCCUUACUAUUGGAGUGGAACUCGCAGCCAAACCUGAUCUUCUUCUUUUCUUUGAUGAGCCAACGUCUGGUCUGGACAGUCAGACAGCAUGGUCUAUUUGCUCGCUAAUGAGGAAGCUCGCCGAUCAUGGUCAGGCAAUCUUAUGCACAAUUCACCAGCCGUCCGCUAUCCUGAUGCAGCAAUUCGAUCGGCUCCUAUUCCUGGCCAAAGGUGGAAAGACCAUAUACUUUGGUGAGCUAGGUGAGAACAUGGGGACUCUGAUCGAGUAUUUUGAGAAGAAAGGUUCCACUCCUUGCCCAAAGAAUGCCAAUCCCGCCGAAUGGAUGUUGGAGGUUAUUGGUGCGGCGCCAGGCUCUCAUGCAGACAGGGACUGGUCUGAAGUGUGGAACCAAAGCCCUGAACGCGAGCAAGUGCGCGCAGAACUAGCACGGAUGAAGGCCGAGCUCUUACAAAAGCCAGAGCCUCCGAGAACUCCUGAGUAUGGAGAGUUCGCAAUGCCGCUCUGGUCACAGUUUCUCAUUUGCCUAAAGCGAAUGUUUCAGCAGUACUGGCGCAGUCCAUCCUAUAUUUAUUCGAAGGCCACCAUGUGUGUGAUUCCGCCUAUUUUCAUUGGAUUUACAUUUUGGAGAGAGCCGCUAAGUCUCCAGGGAAUGCAGAACCAAAUGUUUGCCAUCUUCAUGUUACUUGUUAUCUUUCCCAACCUCGUUCAACAGAUGAUGCCGUACUUUGUCACACAGCGUGCGUUGUAUGAGGUGCGGGAGAGACCAUCCAAGGCGUAUUCGUGGAAAGCUUUCAUGAUGGCCAGUAUCUGUGUAGAGCUUCCUUGGAACAUCUUGAUGGCAGUACCAGCAUACUUCUGCUGGUACUAUCCCAUUGGGCUCUAUCGCAACGCCGGUCCUGGCGAAACGGUCGAGAGAGGAGGCACGAUGUUUCUGCUAAUUUUAAUUUUCAUGAUGUUCACGUCAACCUUCAGCUCCAUGGUCAUUGCUGGGAUCGAGCAUCCGGAUACGGGUAGCAACAUCGCCCAGUUGCUGUUCUCGUUAUGUCUCAUUUUCAACGGUGUACUUGCAACUCCCCAACAAAUGCCUAGAUUCUGGAUCUUCAUGUAUCGCGUUUCACCGUUUACCUACCUAGUAUCAUCGGUAUUAUCCACCGGCCUCUCAGGAGCUGAAGUGGAAUGUUCCGACAUUGAGAUACUCAAAAUCCCACCUCCAGACGGGCAAAACUGCACAUCGUAUCUCGGACCCUAUGCCGAAGGAAUCCAUGCGAAACUUCUUAGUGAUGCUCCUAAUGGUGACUGCCGGCUCUGCAGUAUCUCCUCAACGAAUCAAUUCUUGGCGUCGCUGAGUAUCAACCCUGAUGAUAACUGGCGCAAUGUUGGGAUUCUGUUCGUCUACAUCGUCUUCAAUGCAUUUGCGGCUGUUUUCCUUUAUUGGCUGGUUCGUGUACCGAAAAAGAAGUCGCAACAGGUGAAAAAGCAGUAAGAGGGGAGCGAAGAGAAUCAGCAAGGCUGCGUGAUGACGUCUACUAGAGCAUGGGCUAAACUGAGUGUUAACUAUCGUCAUCUCAUAUGUUACUUCACGGUAGAUUAUAUCUCCUAUCAUACACAGGAUAUUUUCAGGAGGUUAUGGUUUAUUAGUCUCAUACUAUCUAGUGCUGUCUAUGUUUGGCU